AUGGACCCAGGAAAUGAUACAUGAAUUUCAGAAUUUAUUCUUCUGGGAUUAUCAGAGGACCCAGAAUUGCAGCCCCUCCUAUUCGGGCUUUUCCUCUCCAUGUACCUGAUCACCGUGUUUGGAAACCUGCUCAUCAUCUUAGCCGUCGGCUCAGACUCCCACCUCCACACCCCCAUGUACUUCUUCCUGGCCAACCUGUCCUUUGUAGACAUCUGUUUCACCUCCACCACUGUCCCCAAGAUGCUGUGGAACAUCCAGACAGAGACCAAAGUCAUAACUUUUGAAGGCUGCCUCACCCAGAUGUAUUUUUUCACACUCUUUGCUGUAUUGGAUGUCUUUCUCCUGGCUGUGAUGGCCUAUGACCGAUUUGUAGCCAUCUGCCACCCCCUGAACUACCCGGUAAUAAUGAGCCCCCAGCUCUGCCGACUGCUUGUUCUUCUGUCCUGGAUCACAUGUAUCCUGAAUUCCUUCUUACAAAGCUUAAUGAUGUUGCGGCUUUCCUUCUGUAUACAAUUGCACAUUCCCCACUAUUUUUGUGAACUCAAUGAAAUAGUCCAACUUGCCUGUUCCAAUAACUUUCUUAAUAACUUGUUGAUGUAUUUUGCAAUUGUAGUGCUGGGUGGUGGUGCUUUUGCUGGGGUCCUUUACUCUUACUCUAAGAUAGUUUCCACCAUACGUGGAAUAUCAUCAGCUCAAGGCAAGUAUAAAGCAUUUUCCACCUGUGCAUCUCACCUCUCAGUUGUCUCCUUAUUUUUUUGUACGAGCCUAGGAGUGUACCUUAGCUCUGCUGCUCCCCAGAGCUCCCACGCAAGUGCAGUGGCCUCGUUCAUGUACACGGUGGUCACACCCAUGCUGAACCCCUUCAUCUACAGCCUGAGGAACAGAGACAUAAAGAGGGCUCUGAAGGGAAUCAUUGGGGUUCCAGUUAUGUAA